CUGCACCUUGCAAGUACACCCCAUGCCUCCCCAUUUCUGGACUCCGCUGUAGCUCCUUCCACUUGCGCAGCUUGACGUCUUUCGCAGCGUUUCCCAGUGCCAACUUGUCCGAACCUCCGUGGAGCACGAGGAGAGAAUGGCAGGGCGGACUGAACACAGUCCUCUCUUGGAGUCGGGAGCACCUGAAGACUUCGAUUCCGGAAAGAGCAUUGCAUUUGUCGCAGUCCUGCUGACGGUACCUCGUUUGGUUGGCUUCGGCAUUGCCUUCGCCAUCUACAAGUUCGGUGCCACCGCCAAAUAUGACAGCCAGCUGAAGACCUUCGGGAAAGAGGACGGCUAUGGCUGGCUGUACUUGGCCGUUUGGCUCUUCUCGGUGGUGGUGUCGUUCGUGAACUUGUUCCCCAUGUUUUACAAAGAAAAGGUGAUGAAGCGUGAUGCAGGCAACCUUAGGGCAAACAUGUUCAUCUACACGGUGGACGAUGGUUCCAACAAGCAUGUGGUGUUGGAGGAGGAGGGGGGCAUUGGUGAGUACAACCGCGCGAACCGCUCCUUGGGCCAGUUCGUGGAGAACGUUGCAGGAUUCUUGCUUUUGGUCCCCUUUGCUGGAAAAGUCUUCACCAUCCCCACCUCUGUGUUGAUUAUUGUUUUGGCCGUGGGUCGUAUAGCCCAUCAAAUGGGCUAUGCCUCGGGUGGCUAUGGCAAACAUGCACCCGGCUUUUUUCUCCAUUUGAUGUCUGUGGUGAGCCUUGAGGGUUUGGUGCUGUUGACGGCCACUCGGCUCUUGUGAGUGGGGUCCCUGAAAGUCACCCAGGAGGGGCUGUAGGAACUGGUCGAUGAGGGACUUUGUGGGGCCGACAGCGUUGGCAUGCGUUGGCAAAGACCAUGGGCUGGCGCGCAUCUUGGGAAGCCUCCAGGGGGAGCGAAGGUGGGAGGGGGAAGAACCUUGGUUGUUGAGGGCUGUUUUUGCCAUAGAUUAUUUUCUCCUGCUGUACUCUCCCGGGCCUUAUGAUGUGCCUGCUUCCAGCGGAGAAGAGGCGAGAAGAGGAUCAAAA